AUGUAUGAGCCAUCUCUGCAACCCUCUUACGCAGUGCAUGAGCAAAGGCGGCGACCAGUCUCAUGGUACACUCACAGCUCAAGUCCUCCGCCGCCGCAGACUGCUGAUUCGGAAGCCACGGACACCGGGACUGUCGUCCACAAUCCGCCUCAUGCGAACAAUAGGAAUGUGGCAGAUCGACGUACAUCACACCAGAGCGAGCGGGUACAGACACGACAAGCAAAGGUGACACAGACUCCUUAUCCGAUCGAGACAGACGUCACAGAAGCAGCACAAGAUGCCGCCGCUAUCGAGAGACGACCAUCUCAUCACAGCGAGCGCAUCAAGACCCGACAGGCAAAGGUCACACAGACACCGUAUCCUGCUGACACUCCAGCCACCGCAAACUCAGGCACUAGUUCUAAAGUUGGCUUGAAGUACGGCGACGAGUCCUCGGAGGACGAAGACAUGGACCAACAUGCGGACCUAGAAGUUCGCAAGGCCGGGCCAGAUGUACCUAUCAUCGCCGUCCCAAGGAAGAGUUCGAAGCGAGCCUCGAGAGCUCUGCUUGAUGCAUCAAGCUCAAAUGCUAGCUCUACAGCCAGCUCAGCCCGUAACUCGUACAACGCACUUGCCAAUGGGAUGGAUCCAGACACAAACGCCCACUCAGGCUCCAACGCAAGCAGUCAUCCGGAAGCAACGAAUAUUCUCCCGACGUCGCCGACGAAUUCCUCCCGCGGAAGCAUUAUAUUCAGGACUACCACAGCCCAGGAUAAUGACCGCACUCCAACUAAUGCUCGACAGACCGGGCAAGCACACGAGUCGAUCUGUAGCGCUCCUGCCUUCACUCGGAGCGCAAGCGGCGUCUUUCAUGACGCGAGUGAGAAUUUGCCCACUGAUGAAGAACACGACAAGGUUAUCAGAGAGGCAGAAGUGCAGAGGCAGCCUGUUUGGAUUUGA